CUCGUACUAAUGACGUUGACGGUGUCCUCGUACUAAUACUUUUACACGUGAUUUUGCGCUGUAAUGUGAAAGACGAUUUUUAUGCGUAGGAAAUUUUUUAAUUAAAAAGUUUUUUCAAACUCCCCCCCGUAUUGAUACCAAAAUGCUGCAAGGAAAUAGUUUCAGGUCCAGCGACGCUAACUAACUAGCCGAGGUCUUAGCCGAGUUUAGCCGAGCUGAAACACUUAGUGGACUUGAAUUGACGUGUAACAUUGGAAAUUAAAAGCGGUUAUAAUGCUUUAUUCACUCUUAUUCCGAUUUGGCAAACCGUCAUACGGUGUACAGGUGUUAAAUCGCAUGAAUGCCACCUGUCAUCUAUCAUCUUUGCAUUUGCAUAACCCUGAUUUAAUUCGGUUAAAUAAAUCAAUCAGGGCGUCAUGGGCUUGUGUGCACCAUCAUAGUGUUUUACUUCAAAUGAGAAAUGUUCAUACUGGAGCUGACUGCAGAAAUAAAGCUCAAGAUCAACACAGGGAAAAGGAGAUGUCAGUCUCCACCAGUCUGCCAUCUUCAGGCCUCUCUGCUGCACAGAAGGUGAAGCAGGCUGGCAGAGACUUCACAUAUCUGAUCGUGGUGCUUGUUGGACUUGGAGUUACAGGAGGACUUCUGUAUGUCAUCUUCCAAGAACUCUUUUCGUCAUCAAGUCCCAGCAAAAUCUACGGCAAAGCCUUUAACAAAUGCAAGUCGCACCCAGAGGUAAUUGGAGCUUUCGGUGAGCCCAUUAAAGGCUAUGGAGAGACCACACGCCGUGGACGGAGACAGCAAGUAAGUCAUAUUGAAUACAUGAAGGAUGGACAGAAGCACAUGAGGCUGAAAUUCUACAUCGAGGGUUCAGAGCCUGGACUGCGUGGCAUUGUGCACUCUGAAUCACGAGAGAGUCAAGAAAGUGGAAAAUAUGAAUUCCGCUACAUAUUUGUGGAGGUGGACACGUAUCCCAGGAGGACCAUCGUGAUCGAGGACAAUAGAUAAGGAGGAGGAUUUGUGAAUAAGUGUGAAUUGAUUUCAGUUCAUCAACACAGCUGCUGUACUUGCAGCAUUGCCAGAGCAACUGAAAGAUAUUUUUUUAAUAAUGCUAAAAGUCUGAGGAAAGGAAUAUGAACAAUCAAAUAGUUUCUGAUUCAGAUUUUAAAAUAAAGCUGGUUGAGCUUUUUGGUGCUUUUUUGAUCUGAACAUGAUGUAUCUGAACAUAUGUAGGUGAUUCAAUUCAAUAAUGAAUAUGUUGACAUUUUUGGGAAACAGAUAUAACACACUUUUGGAAAAAAAAGUAUUGUAUAGCACUUAUAUGACCUUUUGGCAAUAAACUAUUGUGUGCAUAUGUC